AUGUCUGUACCAAAAGCGGUAACCCCGAGCUACACUCGGGCUUACCAUGCGGCGCUGCUCAUGGGGUCCCUGCAGCACUUCGCUCCCGCGAUGUGUCCCCUGCAGCGACCCCGGCCAUCUCCUCCGGCUGAUGCCGGCAUCCGGCUCCUGUGUUCCGGUCCCUGUGACGUCGGGACGUACGGGCGGCGGCGGCGGGAAAUUUGAAAAUUUUUAAAAAAUGUCAUUUUUUUCAAAACGAUUUUACAUAUGCUUUGUCCGGCGCCCUGCCUGCAUUUUUACUGUUCUUUCUG